UCAGUUCUCCCGCGCGCUUCACCUCGCUUGGCCCUAUCAUGUCCCAGGAAAGCGAGCAUGGGAAAUGGACCGUGUCCAGUAGCGAUGAGAGUGGUGACGAGCCAGCUGGUGGUUGCGAGAAGCCCUCGACCUCUUCGCUGCAGCCGGCGGGUCGAGGCCGAGCGAGCGAGCCGCGUUACUCUUGUCCAGAGGCCAGGAAGGCUGCUCACAAGCGAAAAUUUUCUCCGCUGGGAUUGCGGGGUGGAAAUUCCCCGCCGGAGGGGCCGCCGGCCCCAAAGAGACCCCCUCCCGAUGGCUUGGGUUGGUGCCUUUCAAGCAGCGAUGAAGAGGGUGAUUGCAAAGGCCAGGCGGAGAGAGGAGAUGCAGCCGCCGCCAGCAUCAGGCAGGGAGAGGACUGUGCCCCUAAGGAGAUGGCAAGUAAUGAACCUUCGCUAAACCAUCAAUCUGCAGAGCCGCCAGACAAAGUGCAGGACGCUUGGGAUCUGUUGGAUGGAGGGAAUCCUUUCAGAUUUUUCCUCACCAAAGUGAAAGGAAUAAAGUCCAAAUACAACGCUGCAGCCCUUCACAUAAAAGAUAUUUUGUCUCACCUUUUUGGGACUCUUGUGUCAUCUGCUCAGUUUAACUAUUGUAUAGAUGUGGAGUGGCUUGUCAAGCAGUACCCAAAAGAAUUCAGGGACAAACCUUUAUUAAUUGUCCAUGGAGAAAAACGAGAAUCCAAGGCUGAGCUGCAUGAAGAAGCAAAACCCUAUAAAAAUGUUCGCUUAUGCCAGGCUAAGUUGGAUAUUGCCUUUGGAACUCACCACACGAAAAUGAUGUUGUUGUAUUAUGAGGAAGGCCUCCGUGUCGUGAUACAUACAUCUAAUCUUAUUGAAGAUGACUGGUACCAGAAAACACAAGGCAUAUGGCUAAGUCCUUUAUAUCCAAAGCUGCCACCUGGAACUCUUGGAUCUGCUGGUGAAUCUCGUACCAAUUUUAAGUCUGAUCUGAUCAGUUAUUUGAUGUCGUACAAAUCCCCAACUCUCAAUGAAUGGGUUGAAGUAAUCAAGCAACAUGAUCUUUCAGAGACCAGAGUGUAUCUUGUUGGGUCCACUCCGGGUCGAUACCAAAACAAUGACAAAGAAAAAUGGGGUCACCUUAGGCUAAGAAAGCUUUUAAAAGAUCAUGCAAUGCAAGUACCUGAUGAAAAUUCUUGGCCUGUAAUAGGGCAGUUCUCAAGUAUUGGAUCCAUGGGAGCUGACCAAUCCAAAUGGCUGUGUUCAGAGUUUAGGCAAAGUUUGGCCACACUAGGAAACAGUGCAAAGCCUCUAAAGAAUCAAGAGGUUCCCAUUAAUCUGAUUUAUCCCACUGUGGACAAUGUGAGGCAAAGUUUGGAAGGUUAUCCAGCUGGUGGUUCUCUUCCAUAUAGCAUACAGACUGCACAGAAACAGCUUUGGCUGCACUCUUACUUCCACAAAUGGUCAGCUGAAACUUCAGGUCGUAGCCAUGCCAUGCCUCACAUUAAGACUUACAUGAGAGUAUCUCCAGAUUUCCAAAAGAUUGCAUGGUUUUUAGUUACAAGUGCCAAUCUUUCCAAGGCUGCUUGGGGAGCAUUUGAAAAAAAUGGUGCCCAGCUGAUGAUCCGAUCGUAUGAGCUAGGAGUACUCUUCUUGCCUUCAGAAUUUGGUCUGGAUACUGGCUAUUUCCAAGUUAAGGAAAGCCUGCUUUCUGAUGAGCCAGCAUCAUUUCCUGUACCUUAUGAUCUGCCCCCGGAGAAGUAUGAAAGUAAAGAUCGUCCGUGGAUUUGGAACAUCCCUUAUACUAGAGCUCCGGACACACAUGGAAAUAUGUGGGUUCCUAAAUGAAAAGCUCAAGUUCCCUCUGGAACUAUUACU